GAGAUAAGGUCAUAAGAAGGAUCUCCUGCAUAGACAUACCAUCAAGGAACAUAAAGAAGAUGACUUUUGCACACCUGUGGGACACAACCAGCACAACCAGACCACACUAUGGAAGACCUCAAUUUUUUACUUCUUAAAGGGAAUUUAAAAUUUAUUCAGGAAAGGAAAACUUUUGAAAUAAGAAUGAUAAUUCUAUUUGACACAAGAGAUAACGGCCUUCAUUUGGACAUGGGAUUCCUCACUCAUUAUCCAACAGUUUUAUCACCCACUCUGUGAGUGUUGUACCCCCCCAUCAGUCUUUGCUUUUUGCUGUGUCUUAUCUACAGUCUAAUCCUAGUCUUUUAA